AUGGCUGGCGGACCCAAGAAAUGUUUGUCUUUCAUUGGAUUCAGCCUUAUCUGUCUUAAAAUGGUUGCUUCAGCAAAUACAGCUCCUGAAAUACCCACUAUUGAUCAGGCAUAUUCAAAAAUCAGCACCAGCAUCACUGUGGAAUGGGCCACAGUGCCAGGGGCCACCAGUUAUCUUCUCACGGCUGAAGAUGGAGACACUGUCAUUGAAACCAUGGUGGCCAAUUCCCCAGGCACUGUGACAGGCCUGAAGGCUGCAACCUUGUACCAAAUCACUGUCAGAUCCGUCAGUGCCACUGGGAGAAGCCCAGCAUCGCUUCCAAAGCAGGCAAAGACAGUGUUGGCUGCACCAAUUCUAGAAGUAAGCUCUCCAAGUCCAGACUCUAUUCUUGUGCAGUGGGAAACUGUAUAUAUGGCAAUUGGAUUCUCUGUGUCCAUUAUGCGAGCCAAUGGUUUGGGUAGAAUAUGGAAAGAGAAUACCACAAACACCUCCUUGACAUUCACCAGGUUAGAUGCUGGGACUCUCUACACCAUAAAGGCCUAUGCGUGGAAUGCCAAUGGAACCCCUGGGGACGACUCCACCUGCAAUCAGAGAACAAGUCCUCGUGCCCCUGCCAACAUUCAAGUCUCUCUUGACGGUGGGGCUCUGAAGGCUUCUGUUUCAUGGGCCCCAACGGAAGGAGCUUUCAACUAUACUGUGAUGGCUUUGAGUGACUCUUCGGAGCUGAGCUGUAGUACGACUCGCAGUGCCUGUACUAUCUCCUCCCUACAGUGUGGGACUGAGUACCUAAUUUCAGUUUUAGCAAGUAAUGAUGCUGGGUCUAGCAAGUCAACUUCAUCAGAGGCCCUAAAAACUGUUGCUUGUGCACCUGGACGAGUGACCGUCCAAGAAGAUCCUCCGGGCCACCUCUCUGUGGCUUGGUCCAAUGUAGAUCUGGGUGAUUACUAUGUGGCCUUUGUGAAGAGUGAUGAUGGCUUGGAAGUCCACUGCAACACAUCCCUCACCCAGUGCAAUUUCUUAUCUGAAUGUGGCUUCACUUACUUUAUUAGUGUUUUUGCCUAUAACAAGGCAGGGCAGAGUCCUCUGGGCGAUGUGUUCAAUUAUACCACAGCCCCCUGUUGUCCUAGCGAUAUUAACCCUGUGUUGGUGUCCAGUGACAGAGUAGAGAUUGUCUGGUCUCCUGUCCGUGGUGCCGAACUUUAUGAAACCAAGGCUGUAGAUGGGUUCAAAGUGGUUGAGUGCAAUGACACUGCUCCUGCUUGCACCCUCUCCGCUCUAGAGUGUGACACCAAGUACAAUGUCACAGUGUAUUCCUUCAGCGAAGUCCGGGGCAGCAAUAUGUCAUGUACUUCCCGAUUUGUAACCACAGCUCCUUGCAGUCCCGAAAUAAAAAACGUUUCAAAGGAUGCAUUCUCCAUGAUCCGUGUGCACUGGCGAUCCACUAAUGACGAUGCCACUUACACGGUGACUGCCCAGGGGGAGAAAGGGCUGUAUCGGUGCAGCAGCACGGGAGAGUCCUGCGUGAUAGGGAGCUUGCCCUGCGGCUCCGUGUUCUCCGUCACUGCGGUGGCUGAAACACAGGCAGGGCGGAGCCUGCCCAGCUUCAGUGUGCCCCUGGAAACAGUGCCGUGCUGUCCAGCUGGUCUGACAGUAACUCAGGUCACCCAAUCAGUAAUCAACGUGAGCUGGACUGUUGGGACCGGGGCCCAAACCUAUGUGACAGUUCUGGAGUCACACACCGGACAGUCUAAGUGUCUCACCCAUCAAAACCAGUGCCUCCUGGGAUGUAUCACAUGUGGCGUCAAUUACACAGUGGCAUUAAAAGCGAUUAGUGCCACUGGGUUGACUGCAGACUGCACCUACCAAAGUUAUUCCUCUAGUGCCUGCUGCCCUUUGGGAGUGAAAUUAUAUAGGCUGAGCCCUAAUGGCAUCCGAAUCUACUGGCAAGCCUCCAGGGGCUCUACCAAUUAUAGCACUGACCUCUACGGUUCUAAAGGCAUUUUCACCUGUGCCCCAAGAGCUGGCCUCAGUUUUUGUGAUGUCACCGAGAUACCCUGUGGGGAUGUAUAUACCGUGAUGGUCUCACCAGUUGCUGAGACAGGACUGAAGCUUACUUUCUGUCCAAAAAAAAUCUAUUCAGUAACCUGCUCUGGAAGUACACUUGGAAUGGUGAUUUACCGAGGGAAAAGAAAUGCAGAAUAA